GCAUGACUAAAGAACCCAGCACAACCUUGGAGACAAUUCUCCUAAGAGAGCUGAGCUGAUUGAGAGCUGUUGAAAGAUGACUGUCAACAUCUGAAAAUGCACAGCUGCCGGGGUUGAAAUACAAACAACAUUAAAGAAGAUCUCCUCUGAGUACCUCCCUUCUGUCUUCUUUGUGGAUGGAAAAUAAGCCCAGCUUUGGUGAGACAGAUUUGCCCUGCCCUCAGCCACGCCAGUUCCCCAUGUUUCUGUGGCUGCUGCUGCUGCUGAUCCUGGCUCCUGGAAGAGAUCAAUCAGACAAGCUGAUCCUUCAGGCUCCACGCUCUGUCUUUGAAGGAGAUGAGGUUUUUCUCAGAUGCCAGGCGAGAGAAGACGCAAAAGAAAUACAUUUUUACAGAAAUGAAUAUCAAAUUCAACCAAACUUCACUCUAAAGUCAGUCUCCAGGAACGAUGACAAAUAUCACUGUUCUGCUCUUAUGAGAGGCUUUUGGGGAUGGAAGAAAGAAAAUUCAAAACAUCUAACGAUUCAAGUUCAAGAGCUGUUUCCCCCUCCUAUGCUGAUAGCCAGACCCUCCUCACCCACAGAGGGGAGCCCGGUGACCCUGAAAUGUGAGACGUGGCUCCCUCCACAGAGGUCAGACAUUCAGCUUCGAUUCUGCUUCUUCAGAAAAGACGAGGCUUUGGGGUCUGGCUGGAACAGCUCUCCAGAGCUCGAAUUACCCACUGUGUGGAGUGAAGAUGCAGAGUCUUACUGGUGCCAGGCAGAGGCAGUGACUCCACGUAUCAGAAAAAGAAGUUUGAGAUCCCAGUUAUAUGUGCAGAGAAUCCCUGUGUCUGAUGUAAAUCUAGAGAUCCAGCCCCCUGAGGGGCAGCUUACUGAAGGAGAAAAUCUGCUCCUUAUCUGCUCAGUAGCCAAGGGAACAGGGACUGUCACAUUCUCCUGGCACAGAGAGGGCACAGUAAGAAGUUUGGGAAGAAAGACCCAGCGUUCCUUGUCGGCGGAGCUGCAGAUACUCACUGUGAAGAAGAGCGAUGCUGGGAGAUACUACUGUGCCGCUGACAACAUUCAUGGUCCCGUCCUCAGCAAACUGGUCAGAGUCACACUGAGCAUUCCAGUAUCUCGCCCUGUCCUCACCCUCACGUCUCCUAGGACGAAGGCUAUGGUGGGGGAUGUGGUGGAGCUUCACUGUGAGUCCCAAAGUGGCUCUCCUCCUAUCUUGUACCGAUUUUAUCAUGAGAAUGUCACCCUUGGAAGCAGCUCAGUUCCCUCUGGAAGAGCAGCCUUCAAAUUUUCUCUGACUGCGGAACAUUCUGGAAACUACUCCUGUGAGGCUGAGAAUAGCCUGGGGGUCCAGCGCAGUGACAGGGUGAUUCUCAGUGUCACAGUUCCAGUGUCCCAUCCUGUCGUCACCUUCGGUCCUGCUGGGGCCCAGGCUGUGGUGGGAGAUGUGUUAGAGCUUCGCUGUGAGGCCCAAAGGGGCUCUCCCCCAAUCCUGUAUUGGUUUUAUUACAAGAAUGUCACGCUGGGGAGCAAAGAGGCCCCCUUUGGAGGAGGAGCAUCCUUCAACCUCACUCUGAUGGCAGAGCAUUCCGGAAACUUCUCUUGUGGGGCUGACAAUGGCCUAGGGGUACAGCACAGUGAGAUGGUGAUACUCAGCAUCAUAGGACCACCCAGUAACAAAACAACCCUUAUCACUGAGGGAGUCACCUCAGGGCUACUGAGCAUCCUUGGCCUUGCUGCUACUGCUGCUCUGGUGCAUCACUUCAGGACCCAAAGGAGUUCAGAUCACUUAUCAUCAAUGUUCCUUUGCUGUUUUUCAGAAAGACCUUCUACCACUGGGACACCUAGUUGCAGUCCUAGGGAGUUUCAGGAACCUUCCAGAACCCCCAACACAAAUCCCCAAGAGCCACCGGACCCAGUGCAACUGCAGCCAGUGUACGACAAUGUGAAUCCUAGAGAUAGCGACCUGGUUUAUUCCGAGAUCUGGAGCACCCAACAUACAAAAGAAAAUUCAGCAAAUUCACCAAGGAAACAUCAGGAAGAUAAAGAGCCCACAGUCAUCUAUUCAGAUGUGAAGAGGGCGUAUCCAGAUGACUCUGCAGGGCAAGCCAGCAUUGGAGAUAGUGACCUUGAAGACGCUGCAGAAAACUAUGAGAAUGUUCCAAGCAUAUUAUCAGCCUUAGACCACUAGCUCUGUACCCAUAGUGGCUCAGAGACCCUCUGAAGCAGCUUGUGCCAUUCUCUUGGUUAUCUUCAGCCACACUUCUUCUUUCCCUCCAGUGCCCAGCAUCCCAAAGACUGGACAAUGGGGGACGUGAGACUCUGUGAAAGUUCUGCCAACUUCCUCUGUGCCCAAGUCUGUGUGUUCUCUAGGAACAGAGUGAGCAGCAUUUGAGUGAAUUCUGCAGUCUUUUCACAAUAGGGAUACUUGUAAAUGCAAGGCAGGUAGGCCUUCAGCUCCUAGGCCUGUUAAAGAAAGGAAAAGCAGUCUAGCCAGGAUCACAAGGAUGCAAUCAUUGAAAGUUGAUCUGAGAGGGAUCAAAAACUUUUAGGGUACUGUCUCUACACAAAGAGUUUGUUUGUUCUAAACAUCUUGUUUCCCUUUCCGUUUUUGUUGAUAGUGUCAUUGAUGAUGUUCUGGCGCACAUGCGUUGUUCCAGCUACCCACUGCAAAUGACCAAAAAGCUUCAUUCUGUCCACAGAUAUGCUAUUUCUUCAUGAAAUAUACAUCAGUGCUAAGAUUUUAAAAAACAACCCAUUCUGUUUAGUGGGCUGCUGCUGCUGCUGCUAUGUCACUUCAGUCCUGUCCAACUCUGUGUGACCCCAUAGACAGCAGCCCACCAGGCUCCUCUGUCCACGGGAUUCUUUCAGCAAGAAUACUGGAGUGGGUUGCUAUUUCCUUCUUCAGUUUAAUGGGCAAGAGCUUCCAAACUGUCUGAUUAAACAGUAUUAUGGACCAAUUGUAUUCUGUCAAAGUUCAGUGUGAACAUUCUUGGAGAUAGGACCUUUUAGGAGGUACCUACAGUUAAAUGAGAUUUUAAGGGGGGCCCCUAAUCGAAGUGGACAGGUGUCUUUGCAAGAAGAAGAGGAGACAACAGAGCCCUCUCUUUCUUCAUGCACACUGAGGAAAGGCCAUGUGGAGACAAACAAGAAGACAGGCAUCUAUAAAGUCAGAGAAGGCAGGAAGAGAGAUCUCAGCAGAAGCCAAGUUUGCCAGCACCUUGAUCUUGGGCUUCUAGAACUAUGAUAAAAUAGAUUUUUGAUGUUUAAGCCACCAAGUCUGUGAUAUUUUGUUGCGACAGCCAGAGCAGACUAGCACAGAUUUAUACAUAGAUAGAUGAAAAAUGAUUGAGGAUGAUAAUUAUGGUAGAUAGACAGGUAAUAGUUAGAUACAUAGAUAAGAUUGAUGCUGGUGUGUGACAGUGUUUGUGCAUCCCAACCCACACAGAAUUUGUAGUCUUCAAGAUACUUCCUCUCUCAUAAGAUCAAAUAUUCCUCCUACCAGUAGCAGCUCAAUUUUACUGUUUAAUUAUUCAGCACCCACUAUUUGAUGCCUACAGAAGCAUCAACACCAAUCUUAGAAAGUCAUUAGAGCUAGUGAUUCACAUGACUCAGAUGAAAAAGUUUAGUGUCAAUCAGGAGCCCUCUUGAGCUGAGCUGGCAGUAUAUGUAGAGAUGGAAGGUAAUUAGUAGGCUCAAAGGAGGACAGCCUUUGCAUUGCUCAGUGACUCCUAAUCAAUUCCUCAAUUGACUGACAGGCUUUGGGUGUCUACCAAUGAAGAAUAAAACAUCUUUUUAAGCAUGUCAGAAAAAAAUGGCAGAAACACUUUAUCAUGAGUCCUGCUGAGGCAGAAAAGGGAUAAAUGAAAUUGUUAGCCUCUAUUACCUAAUGUUAUACAGAAAUUUUUUUAUCUCUGAAAACAAAAAAUCAGAACUUAAGAAGCUAGAAGGUCAUUGAGGACUGAUGCACCUAAACUGAUACAAUUUAUGGGCAUUGUUGAUUUUACACCAGCCAUUGUUGAUAACUGUAAAUAAAUAAUGCAACUAUACUUUGUAAACUUGAAAACAACUCAAGCAUAAAAGUAUUGUGUAUUUCAAAUUUUAUAUUUUUCCCCAUGGGUGUCAGAAUCUUAGACAUCAGAAAGUUUAAGAUAUAUCAGAACACAAUCUCCCUUGAGGCUUUCAUCUUCAACCAAUGAAUUCAAGGAGAUCCAAACAGUCCAUCCUAAAGGAGAUCAGUCCUGGGUGUUCAUUGGAAGGACUAAUGCUGAAGCUGAAACUCCAAUACUUUGGCCACCUCACGCUAAGAGUUGAGUCAUUGGAAGAGACCCUGAUGCUGGGAGGGAUUGGGGGCAGGAGAAGAAGGGGACGACAGAGGGUGAGAUGGCUGGAUGGCAUCACUGAUUCGGUGGAUAUGAGUUUGAGUAAACUCCGGGAGUUUGUGAUGGACAGGGAGGCCUGGCGUGCUGCGAUUCAUGGGGUUGCAAAGAGUAGGACAUGACUGAGCGACUGAACUGAACUGAAUGAAUUCAACUAGCAGGAUCAUUGGGCUUCCCUUGUGGCUCAGUUGGUAAAGAAUCUGCCUGCAAUGUGGGAGACCUGGGUUCCAUCCCUGGGUUGGGAAGAGCCCCUGGAAAAGGGGAUCUUCACAUUCAUCCUGGAAUGCAAAGUCAAGUGGGCCUUAGGAAGCAUCACUAUGAACAAAGGUAGUGGAUGUGAUGGAAUUCCAGCUGAGCUAUUUCAAAUCCUAAAAGAUGCUGCUGCUAAAGUCCUGCACUCAAUAAGCCAGCCAAUUUGGAAAACUCAGCAGUGGCCACAGGACCAGAAAAUAUCAGUUUUCAUUCCAAUCCCAAAGAAAGGCAAUGCUAAAGAAUGCUCAAACUACCACACAAUUGCACUCAUCUCAUACGCUAGUAAAGUAAUGCUCAAAAUUCUCCAAGCCAGGCUUCAACAGUAAGUGAACCGUGAACUUCCAGAUGUUGAAGCUGGUUUUAGAAAAGGCAGAGGAGCCAGAGAUCAAAUUGCCAACAUCUGCUGGAUCAUCGUAAAAGCAAGCGAGUUCCAGAAAACAUCUAUUUCUGCUUUAUUGACUAUGCCAAAGUCUUUGACUGUGUGGAUCACAAGAAACUGUGGAAAAUUCUUUUAGAGAUGGGAAUACCAGACCACCUGAUCUGCCUCCUGAGAAAUUUGUAUGCAGGUCAAGAAGCGACAGCUAGAACUAGACAUGGAACAACAGACUGGUUCCAAAUAAUAAAAAGAGUAUGUCAAGGCUAUAUACUGUCACCCUGCUUAUUUGACAUAUGCAAAGUAUAUCAUGAGAAAUGCCUGGCUGGAUGAAGCACAAGCUGGAAUCAAGAUUGCCAGGAGAAAUAACAAUAACUUCAGAUAUGCAGAUGACACCACCCUUAUGGCAGAAAGUGAAAAGGAACUAAAGAGCCUGUUGAUGAAAGUGAAAGAGUAGAGUAAAAACCUGGCUUAAAACUUAACAUUCAGAAAACUAAGAUUAUGGUAUCCAGUUCUAUCACUUAAGGGCAAAUAGAUGGGGAAACAAUGGAAACAGUGACAGACUUCAUUUUUGGGGGCUCCAAAAUCACUGCAGAUGGUGACUACAGCCAUGAAAUUAAAAGACACUUUCUCCUUGGAAGAAAAGCUAUGACCAGCUAGACAGCAUGCUAAAAAGCAGAGACAUUACUUUGCUGACAAAGGUCCGUCUAGUCAAAGCUGUGAUUUUUCCAGUAGUCAUGUAUGGAUGUGAGAGUUGGACUAUAAGGAAAGCUGAGUGCCAAAGAAUUGAUGCUUUUAAACUGUGGUGUUGGAGAAGACUCUUGAGAGUCCCUUGGACUGCAAGGAGAUCCAACCAGUCCAUCCUAAAGGAAAUCAAUUCUGAAUACUCAUUGGAAGGACUAAUGCUGAAGCUGAAACUCCAAUACUUGGGCCACCUGAUGUGAAGAACUGACUCAUUUGAAGAGACCCUGAUGCUGGGACAGAUUGAGAGUGGGAGGAGAAGGGGACGACAGAGGAUAAGGUGGUUGGAUGGCAUCACUGACUUGAUGGACAUGAGUUUGAGUAAACUCCAGGAGUAGGUGAUGGACAGGGAAGCCCGGCAUGCUGUAGUCUAUGGGGUCUCAAAGAGUCAGACACAGCUGAGCAACUAAACUGAUUGACUGAGUAAGGUCAUUUGCUGAGGGAAAAAAUGAUCACCUUCUUAAAGAGGAAAUAAAUAUUUUUAUUAUGAAAGAGGGACUUAACAU